AACUCCCAGCAAAUAGAGCCUGCGGCAGUAUCCUACUGUGCGGAAAGUUGAUAUCCUUAGAAAUAUUAAGGCCUUCCCUAUAUGGCAUGUGCGUAUAAUAAGCCACUCAUAGGCUGGUUUUUGGCAAAAAUUUACCAGAUGUGGGGUUCACAUACCAAAAUGAAAAGAGGUUUUAGGAACUCGUGAUUCUCUUUUUUUGUUACUUUUAUGCUAGUGAUUGUUUAUGACUAGAUGUGGUGUUAAACCGGGAAUUUUGGCUUUAAUAAAUUAAUUACAACGGACAAAACAAAGGAAACAUAUUAUGCGGCUAUUGAAACAAAGGAAGCGUGAACCGUGUAGAUAAAUUCUGGGUACAUAGAUGUUUAAUGUUCACGUUAUUGAUAAAGUUUUAAAAGAUAUGAAACAUGAAUUAAGACGUUGAUUAUAUUUUGAUUAUUAAAAUUCGGAACAAUGGCUCAUCGACGCAAAAGUUCACAUCCCGUGUGUAAGACCCGCCGGAAUUUGGAGCUAUCGGUUCAAGACGUCAAUGACGACGACGACGAUGAUAGUGAUGUCAUCGAUUCGACACAGCCACGUGACCAUCUUGUCAUCAAUCACGGGAGCACUUCCGUUUCACUGGAUACCGACGACGAGGAUGGUCAGCAAAUUGUUUUGCCGUCAGAUCUGUUCAAAGAUUUUGAGGCAAUCAGAAAUCAGACAAAGCUGGAUGCCACGAAUUUGAUGCGACGCCUGCUGAAGGAUUAUCAAAGUAUAUCAACUGUCGGUGGUGAUAAACAAAGUGACGAUAAUACUGAUAGUGAUAUCCAUGGCAGCCAAACUAUUCAAGCUACAACUUCCAUUGCUAAAGACGUUUCCUUGGCAACCACGCGUAUUGAUACAGAUGACGAUCAAUAUCAGGGUCUAGAUCUUUCAGUCGGCACGAGGAAAAUAAGUUCUCAAUUAUUUGACACUAAAUCGUUGAAUAGUGAACAUUUUGAACAACCCUUAGACCUUACCUGCACCAAAACGCCUACCACAAAAGACUCUUUAAAUCGCGAAAGUCCAUCCUCCUCGCAGUUAGACAUUUCAAGUGUAAACAACGAAUUUAAUUAUGUUUAUGUGUAUCCCGGCUUAUAUCCGCCCUCGUCGGGUGUUUUGUCAAAUGAUGAAAUGGAUACUGACGGUCAAAAUCAGAACGUCUCCCCUGUGCCGGAACUACUUUCACCCGGAAAACUUGUAUCACCUGACUCAAUGUCAAGAGCACAGUUUGUCAGCACGUCUGAUAUACCGGAAACGAUUUACGCAGGCGCACAAAGUCGUUACAGGGAUUACUCGACGCCUGUUCAGCGACAGACCUCUCCGGCUUCACCUCUUCCAAAGUUAUCGCCUCAUAAUAUAAAACAAGAACCGGGAGAACUUAGUUUUAGAAUGUCUGACGGUCAAAAUAAUAACUUCCGGUCCAGUCAGCCACCUGGUUCCACGCCUACCACGAGUAAAGCUGGUCGGAAAGAGGGUAAAAAGUCUUCUGAGAUGAAAGUGAUUUCGGAAAACAUUACAGACGACGUUUACACAAGCGUUUUGAAAUUACCAUGGAGUCGCAGAACAAGGACUAAAAAACCAAAACACAAGGUCAAACUAGAGGAUACCCUUAUACCUCAGUUUAUGUUGGAGCAAGAAAAAAGCGGAAAUGAAUUUUCAGACUGGAACCCAUCACAAGUGUCUCCAAGCAGCAAUAGUUCUGAGCAUAAUGCACCCAUUUCUAAAACACCAGAGUGUUCAGAAUCCGUUAUGAUGGUAUAUCCGAGCGGAGGAACGUCAGCAUACGGAAAGCCGGUCAGAAAACGAGGACGCCCACCUAAGUUGCCCAUGUUGGCAAAAUUACUACAGAAUCAACAGGCAGGAAAGAAAAGUAAACAAAUGAAGCAGUCAGAGGACAUGCAAGCGCAGAUAACUCAACAGGUACAAGCGAAUGGUGGAAUGGUUGUUUACAACGCAGGCGGUCAAAUAAUGACGGCUUUUGGAGGUGGUGGAAUACCAGUGCAAGUGUCACAAGCGUCCGUCUGCACAGACGAACAGCAAUUAUCAACUCCAGUUAUGCCGAAUAUGGCACAGGCUCAAUUUAUUGGUCAGAUACCUUUGUCGCAAAUUACAGGCGGUCCGAUUCAGUUCCUCGGACAAUUUCCUGCUCAAGCACUUCCGUUUCCGGGCCAGCUUCUACAGACUGUUCCGACUGCUACCUCAGAUGGUCAAAUUCAACUUCAGCCUCAAUCUCAAAUUCAGCCUCUUCCAGCAGCAGACGACCAAAUUCGAAACAUAUCAACAGAUGGUGCAAAAGAAGGUGAUACGCUAAGUUCUGUAAAAUGUGAUACAGUUCCUCAGGUCAAUUAUCAGUAUGCUUUCCAGCCAAUGUUUAUCCCGGCAGGUGCUCUUCCAGUUCCUGUUCCGCCACCUGUUACUCCAAUUCCAACACCCGCUAAUGACGUCCCGCAUGACGGCAAAGAAGACACUCCACAAAAAUCCGAUUCGAAUACUACAAGCGAUACAGCUUCUGUAGUCAAAAUGAAUCAAGGUGUUUCAACACAUGUUAUGAAACUGGAGGGCUCGAAUACAAUAAGUACGAUGAGCACAACAAGUAUUUCCAACACUGGGUCCGGAGCAAUUUACCAGGAAAUGAUUCUAUCCUCAAAAUCGUUGGUUGACGUCAAGAAAGGGCGGAGACAGACCGCAAUUCAAAUGCUCAAAUCUAAAUCCGGAGAUCAGAACUUCCUUUGCACUUCCUUCAGAAUACGUCCUCGACUUGUUGCGCAGGCACAAGCGCAAAAAGAAAGACAAGCGGCCAAAGGAUUUAAGGAAGAAUAUUUAGACGACGAAAUGGAAUUCUCGGAUUCAAAAAACUUGAUACGUCCCCAAAAUGAUACAGUUCAUUUUGGGGAAACCAAUGGAAGUGAUCCAUGUGAUGUUGACUUUGCUAAUAUUCAGAUAAAACAGGAAAUAGAUACUGAUGAUGACCUGUAUGAGAAGGUCAAAGAGAUUGAGAACAAAUACGCUGAACCCGAGCAGAAAGCAGCAAAUGAAGAUUGCAGUGAAAAGACCGAAAAACCAGCCAUGAAACGAUAUAUGUUGAAAGGUUCUCAGAAGAGAAAAGCGAAGUUUUACGGAAGUAGAAUAGUUAAUGAUGCUGGUGACAUUGCGGCAAUGAACGGAGUUGAACAAAUAACAAAUAUGAAUAAAUCAAGUGAUGCAGAUUCUAGUGAUAUGUUCCAGGAGCUGUUCAAUUGUAAAGUAUGUAACAAGAUUAUAUCAGUGAAUGACAUGGAGGCACAUAGCCUUGAACAUAUGAACAAAAACUUCCAAUGCCAAAAAUGCGGCCAAGGUUACAAUGAAAGUCAACUGAGCGCGGACGACGCCCCAAAAUGUCCAAAUUGCAACGAAGAUAUUAUCAAAAUUGAGACAUUGGAGUUACGCGAUGCAACGUUUGCUUGCGACGAAUGUCCCGAAACUUUCAAAUCAUUACCGGAGUUUUACGAGCACAAGAGCGAACAUCAAAAUAAACAAAACGCUCAGGGUGGGUUUGAAUGUGACUUCUGCGGGAAAGUAUAUCAGUAUUAUCAUGCUCUGCAAUUCCACAGGCGGACCCACAGAGAACGUAAAGUUCCGUGUUUAGAUAAAUCAUGUGAAAUGAAAUUUCGGAGCAGGAAAGAAAUGGAACUUCAUUUUGAUACAAAACAUCCCGAAAAGAAGGAGUAUUUUCACUGCGUGUAUGAAGGGUGUACAAAGAAAUUUCUAAAGAACUUUCAUUUGCAAGAACAUAUAAGGGUAAAGCAUUACAACAUUAAGGCGUUCCAAUGUCCUUGGCCAGGUUGUCUGAAGGAGUUUGCAGCCCAGAGACAUUUAAAAAUCCAUCUUUUGAUUCACCGUGAUGAGAAACCAAUGAAAUGCGACCAUUGUGACUAUAGAUGUCGCCAGCGUAGCGCUAUGAAUUGGCACAUGCGCAAACACCCGGAUGUUCCCUACAAAUACAAAAGAGCGACUAAAUCUCCAAGCGUCUCCAAAUCGGAGAGCGAAUAAAGACAAGUAAAGGGAGAUAAUACGAAUUUAGUCAAGGGAAUGCAAAAGAUGGAUUUUUAAAUGUCUCUAGGUUGCAAGACUCCUUAAAUCUAUGGAGGGAAAUGUACACUGACAAUUAUCACUCGCUUGUUUCUCACAAAUCGGUGGUUAGAAAUAUAAAGAAUCGUAGAAUGCAUUUGUAUUUUAAUUCGUGUAAAAGUUAUACAUUACGACAUGAUUUAUGCAAUUACUAAAAGAUACGUUAGUGAUAAAGGCUGAAUAUUCGAGAUACAUUCAAGUUAGAUUUAUGCAAUAACAAAAAGAUACAAUACGACUCAUUAUUUAAGAUACGUACCAGUAAUAUUUUAUUCAGUAUUUGAGAUACAUGCCAAAUAUGUUUUAUGCAAUAACAUGUUAAUAAAGAUGCAUGCUAUUUAAAUAAAGCUUACUUAAGAAUCA